AUGACUUCUAGCCAGUCCAGCAGUGUCACUCCUGCCCAGCUCGACUCUGCUUGGCCACCGGCCCAUAUUUGGGAAACCAUGGAUGCGGCAGACCGUGCAACCUGGUUAGAACAGAUACAGAGGGACAGAGCCAGGCGCCUUGAAUUAGACGUAGCAGAGACGGAUCUCCGCCGCAGAAGACCUCGUGUGGAACUACAGGAUGAUGAUACUCUCGAGGAAAACCGUGAGCCACCCCCUGAAGUAAAAUCACUCAUCGAUAUAUUUCCGGGUGUCUCCGCCGCCCUCCUUACUCGCGUGUUUGAGAGAAAGCUGAAGGCGACCGAACUCAUUCGCUUUAAAGAAAAGUCAGUCACCGAGCUAGAUCAGGAUGACAGAGUUUUCAAGAUGACCGAGUCAGGAGGUAUAGUAGGCUUCAAGAAGGCAGCAGCAUCGCUUAAGGACUGGGGCCUCAACCCUCAAACAUGGACCACUUGUUUUCUUACCUACUUAUCCAUUAUGGGAUACCUCUUCGGCGAAAAACAUCCUAGGGCAGUUCCCAACCUACUUAUAUUUAUGAGGCAGAUCCUAGAUCUCGCUCAGAUUUAUCAGUGGUCAGAGGCAGUUCUCCCACUUGCCCUUAAUUUUCACCAGUAUAUGCUGGAUAAAGGAGAGCUAUCAACAGACAACUACCUGGUCAUAGGCCCAUUCCGCGAGAAAUACCUCCGUCAUAAUCUCACACUGCCCGCACAAUUACCAACAAACCCCCUAACCCGGCCUCGCCAGGCUAGAAAUACCAGAUCCUCGAAUAACGAGACAGAAGUCUGCGAUAAGUUCAAUGCAGCAGGGUGCUCUUGGGAAGGUUGCGACCUCGGGUCUACUAUCACUGGCAUUUUGACAUACGGUGCCCAGGUUGGCUAUAGGGGCAAGAAGCGGUUUCGCUAUUCCCCUAACCAUCAUAUACACGAACCUGGCGUGAUAACCUCCAAAAUAAUGGAGGAUCUCAACAUCGGCCGCAUUAGAUUGACGCAUGGCCCCUCCUUCAUUUCGCCUCUUGGGUUAGUCCCUAAGAGCAAUGGGGAAUGGCGUCGCAUCCACGACCUAUCUUGGCCCCCUGGACACGGCCUUAAUCAGGGCAUACCAGACUCCUGGUCAGCUAUUGAAUACAUAAUAAUCGAUGCUAUCUACGAGCAAAUCAUACAAGCUGGUCCAGGCUGUACAAUCAUCAAGAGGGAUAUCAAGGACGCCUUCCGAAUUAUUCCUGUCGCCAAGGAUAACCAGCAUCUCCUUGCCUUCCAGUGGAACGAUUUCACUUACAUUGAAUGUUGCCUACCCUUUGGCCUUGCAACGGCCCCAUUUCUCUUUAACCUGUUUGCCGAGGCACUUCAUUGGAUACUUCAAUGCCUCCUCCCUGCAUUCCACAUCAGUCAUUACCUAGACGAUUUCAUCGCAAUCACUCAGCCUUCCUCAGCAUCCGACCCUACGGGCCCUUUUGAUGAGAUUUAUAACAAUGUUACCAACUACCUACGCAUCCCUUGUAAUACAGAGAAGGACCAGCAAGGAACCUGUGUUACAGUCCUAGGCAUCCAGAUCGACUCUGUUGCAAUGGAAGCUCGUCUGCCACCAGAAAAGUUGUGCCGCGCCACAUUGGACGCCGCAGCCACCCUGAAUGCAACGAGUCUCUCCCUGAAGCAAACGGAGCGUCUAAUAGGCUUAUUAGCCUUCUGUUCAAGAGUUGUCCGGAUUGGGAGAACAAGGCUACAGUCUCUAUACACAUUCCAAGCCGCUUUCCCAUAUAGGAGGAGCGCGCGCCGCCGUAUCCCCUAUGAGGUACGUGACGAUUUAGAAUGGUGGAAGGACUCCUUAUCUCUCUUUAACGGCGUACUCCUGAUUGACCCCUGCCGUCGCUCUAUCACGCAUCUUUACACAGAUGCCUCUAACACAGGCCAGGGGCUCUUCUUCUUCUCAUCUGAGUCUAUAUCAGACUGCUGGCUGGCCCAUUGUCACCAGCUUCACUUAAGCAAUGCUGCCUCGCUGGCCCUUGCUCCAGACACACAUGUGCACAUCAAUACCAACGAAGUAGACGCCAUCCUAUAA